UAUGUUACUUGCUUCUAGAAACGUGAUUACUUUCCCUUUCCGGAGGUGAAAAAAAGAGGAGGUCCGGUCCUCUCCCAUCCUCCGACGUCCAGAGCCAGUUCUUCUCCUCUCUACAGAGGGGGUCUAGGGUUUUUGUUCUUCAUGCUCUCUCUUACAGCUGGUUCUUUCUGCUGCGUUCUUUAGGGUCUCAGGUUUGUGGCUUAGGUUUCCCCUGCUCUGUCUUUCAUAUACGUGUAUGUAGUCAUAUCAGUAGCAUCUAAUUGUAUGGAAUGGUUAGAUUUGAAUGCUCUGUUGCAUGGCUUUGGCAGCAAGUGAAGCAAGUCCUUGGUCGAUCAGCCACAUUCUUGUAAUUGUUCAUAAAUUCACAUGGCUUGGUGUAUUAUAUGAUGUAUGGGGAUAAUUACAAAUCCACCAGAGAAAUGCAGGUCAUAUUUUAGUUGAAGAUAACUUUUGUUCUUGUGUUCUAUACAUGGUUUGGGAUUUAUGUAUCUAAUUGUAGUGUAAUUCAUGGCUUGUUUGCUAGCACUGUCCAUCUCAUCUUGGGGCAAUGGGUUAAUGAACAAUGCUUUGUUGUGCUAUAUGCACAAUUGUGGAAGCAGCAUAGGCAAAUUCUUGCUAUUAGUACAACAUCGCACUAGCAUUAAUGGCAAAUUCUUGCUGUGUGGCCAUCCAAACAGAUUUUUGGUCUAGAAGUGAGAUACAAAGGCAGUUUGAUUCAAUGGCUGAUUGGAGGAAUAGCAAAAGCAAACGGCCCUAUUAUCAGGAAGACAAUGUCUACAACUGGCGAAGCAAAAGAAGAAAUCCUGGUUAUGAUAGAGACCCUAAUGUUCCUGGACCAGAAGAUACUGUCUACCGAUACUUGUGUCCAGCAAGAAAGAUAGGAGGCAUCAUAGGAAUCGGUGGUGAGAUUGUGAAGCAACUGAGGGCUGAAACUCUAGCCAAGAUUAGGAUCGGAGAGAAUGUACCAGGUUGUGGGGAGCGAGUCAUAACUAUCAUUAGCUCAAGCUCAGAAACUAGUGCCUUUGGAGAUACUGAUGAUUAUAUUUGUCCUGCACAAGAUGCACUAUUCAGGGUGCAUGAGAAGCUUGCAGCAUGUGAGGUGCAGUAUGAUGAAGACAAAGGAAUGGGUGAACCACAAGUAACUGCUCGUCUGCUUGUACCAUCUGAUCAGAUUGGAUGUGUAAUUGGGAGAGGUGGGGGAAUUAUUCAACGCAUCUGUGCUGACACAGGUGCUCAGAUUUGCAUCUUGAGGGAUGAACAUCUUCCUUCAUCUGCCGUUAGGGGUGAUGGGCUUCUCCAGAUUACUGGUGAAGGCCCAGCUGUGAAGAAGGCAUUGUUUCAGGUCUCAUUUCGUCUUCAUGACAAUCCAUCUCAGUUGCAACACCUGCUUUCUCCCAACAUGUCUCAUUCUUGCGAAGCAGGUGGUCCAUAUCGUGGUCCAAAUGUAAGUGAUGCAGUAAGUGAACGGCCAAGAACUUGCCCUUCAAGGGACGAAACUUCUGCAAGGGAAUUCGUGCUCCGCUUGUUGUGUCCAUCUGUCAACAUUGGCCAGGUUAUUGGCAAGGGUGGUGAAAUUCUCAAUCAGAUCAGGCAGGAUUCCAGAGCAUUUAUCAAAGUAGAUAGUUACUAUGAUGAUGACGACUUCACCAUAUCAAUUUCAGCCGAAGAGUUCUUUGAGGAUCCAAUUUCUCCAACUAUCGAUGCUGCAGUUCGCUUGCAGCCUCGUUGUAGUGAGAAGACUGAGGAAGACUCUGGUGAACCUUCAUACGCUACUCGCUUACUUGUAUCAGCACGGCAAAUCGGUUGUCUGAUUGGUGUUGGUGGAUCUAAGAUAUCUGAGAUGAAGAGAGCCACACGAGCAAAUAUCAGAAUAAUUAAGACAGACCUUCCCAAAGCUGCUUCUGAUGAUGAUGCGACAGUCCAGAUCAGUGGAGACAAUAAUGCUGUCAGACAUGCUCUCAUACAAGUAACUGAACGGUUAAGGGCUAAUUUAUUUGGAAGGGAGGAUGCUUUGUCUUCAAUUCUGUCUUCCAUGUACCAUUUCAUUCCAAGAGAUGCACAUGGUCAUGGGUGUUCUUAUUCUGCUGAAUAUGGUACUUCAGGUGAUGUGCCACCCUCUGAAAACUAAGAAGCCAUGGUUGUUCUCAGGUAAAGUUUUUUGUUAGUUGUCAGAAAGAAUCAGGUGAUGUUAUUUUGCUCUGAAUCUGUAGUGUGAUGUUCGAAUUGUUAGAAAGUUGUGCCAUGUUUUUUUUAAACUUGUUAUCUUUUCGUUUUAUCAAGCUUUAUAUGCAGUAUAAUGAUUAACUCAUUGGCUACUCCAACUUAUUAUUUUUGCUGUUAAUCUGUCUAUGUUGGUGGUGGUUUUGGAACAUAUGAUAGAUUUUCAUUCUGGCAGCACUAGGUAAGGUCUGUUAGAUUGAUGAAAACCAUUGUUUUGCGGUUAUUUUACUUUAAUAAACUUUGCUUUACCUAACUUCUGAAACCAGCAUCAAAGUGCUAUUUAUAUUUUCUUAGUGCAAGAAGUCCUGCAAUUUUGUAGUUAUUUUUCUUUUGCAUUGAACUUUAGGAUAUCUGCACUAAUAUCAAUUCAUUUUGGAUAUCUUAUCAGAAGCCAUGUUUUCUAAAAUUUUAGAUCCACAAUACUGUGAAGGUUAGGUUAUUUACCAUCAUGGUGAAAUUCUUGUUAUAUCGCUGAUUUCAAGACUCUGCAUUGUGGCCUUUUUUACAAUUGUUUAUGAUUAUCUUUCAAUAUAUUUCUGGACUUGAUCCUUACUGUUCUUGCUAUGACAAAUGCUUUUGUCUUUGAUCAUGUUUGUGGUUUUGCAUCUUUGAGCUUUUCCACAUGAUAAAUGAUCUUUUAGUUCAAUUUGGUUUGUUCCAUGUAAAUUCUGAGGCUUGCUUGAACAAUUUACGCUAGUGUAUGGAUGACAGCAAUCAAGUGUUACCAUCCAGCUCAGUUAAUGGACAAUAUUAUUGCUUUAAGCUUGCACUAUGUCUCCAGACUUGUAAAUUUUGUUCUGUGAAUUUUAGUUUGAAUUGAACUCCUGGUGAGCAUCGUGCAUGGAGGUUUAGCAAAUUAUACAUUGUUCGUACAUAUUAAUGUUUGGCAAAUUGUAUAAGUUGCUCCGAUGUAAAAUUAAUAUCAAGGCUCUUUUUGGAUAGUUCCGAGUCUGUAUGUAGCACUAGCUGGCCUGUUAGAAGAGGCUUAUGAAUUUUGUAUUGUCCGGUGAGCUUUGACUUUUGUUCAUUGUCCUGUUAAUCUAUUUUUGUGAUCAUUAUUUAAAUUGAUUUAAAAGGUCAAAAAUUGACUUAAAA